CUACACAGGAUUGUUAUACUCAUGUACGUGUAUAAAAUUUAAAUAUACUGCAGUGUUGAACCUCAAUUUUUUUUUGUGUAUAAUUUCCUUUCAGAGGAAGGAUCGUUCACAGUUUUGUUAACGUAGAUCUAUAGGUGAAAAGAGAUGGCGACCAAAACAUUUGCUGUAGUAGAUGCCUCUGGCUGUACUAUGUGUGAACAGUAUAUGGUUGAUGACCUUCAAAUGCCAACGUUCAUGAAACCUCCGGAUGAAGCCGCCGCCAUUGUCAGAAAUGUUCCGAAUAUCAAAGUACGCGACGAUGACGUCAUGUUGGCUACAUUUCCAAAAUCAGGAACUAAUUGGGGUUAUGAAAUACUUUCAAUGCUACUGAAUAGAAAAGCUGAGAUAAGUCCAAAUAUGAAAGUUUGCCUCAUGUUAGAAGCUAGAACUGAAGCCGAGGUGGACGAGCAACCAUGUCCAAGAGUUUUAAACAGUCAUCUACCACUUGCGAUGCUACCGAGGCAGAUGAAAGAGAAGAACACAAAGAUUAUAUGGAUCGCUAGAAAUCCGAAAGACGCGAUAGUCUCCCUCUAUUAUCACAUUACAGGAAUGAAAAUGUUUCAGUAUAAUGGCAAAUUUGCUGACUUUCUUACGCUCUUUCUAGAAAAUAAACUACCGUAUCAAAGUUGGUUUGAGUAUACACUAGAUCUUGAAAAGGCAAUGUUAGCAGAACCAGACAAAAUUCAUUUAGUGUACUUUGAAGAUAUAAAAGAGAAUGGUGUUGCAGAAAUAAAAAGGUUGGCGACUUUCUUGGGUGUUGAUGCUGACGACGAACUUGUUAGUGCAAUAAACGAGAAAUGCUCUUUUAAAUCCCUAGCAUCAGAGAAGGCAGAUAUGCCUAGAGACAGAGUAAAAAAUAACUUCUCAUUCUUCCGUAAAGCCAUGAUCAUGUCACCGUACCCUUUACCCACUAUUCUCUAUGUCACUGUGAGAACGGGUAAUUCAGUCGGAAGAGCUGAAAACCAUUAUUCUUGUGCAGACAUGGUGUGA